UAUAGAUUUAUACAGCGAUUUAUAUACUUUUUAACAUAAUUUUGAAGAAUAUGUUAUUUUAGAUAAUUUUCUUUACUUUUUUAUUUAUUUUUAUAUAAUGUCUACUACACGACAAAAAACGCUAAGCAGCACCGUAGAAUCGGUUCCACGGGGUCGCACAAGCGAAUUUAAGUUCCCCAUUUUCCUAGGUCCAUGCGCCAGCAAAACAUUUUGCAGAAACGGAGAAUGCAAAGAAACUGAAAUAGAUGAAGAACAGCGUACUUACAAGUUGUCUUAUUUCCAAGCAUGCUUGUUCGCUACGGUUUUAGAAGAAAUUAUCUCGCAGUUACGCAUCUUAGACGCAUGCAACAUUCAACUUCGAUUAAACAAGACGAUGUCAGAAAUGAUGGUGCUACUCGGUGACAAGUAUGGGAUCGAGAGCAAACCGACUGGGGAUACACUGGACGAUAUAGACCCAAAGAACCUUAACUGCAUGAAGUACAAGUUAAACAAACUUCAGGCAGACAGAGAUUUUAUUUUACGAGUUAUGACCAAGACUUAUCAGAACCUAUGCAUAGAAAGAGACUUCCAGUAUUUGACGGAUUCAGUGAAUGAAAUCCUUCGAAAAUACGAGCACCUAUACCACCUCGCUGAAGAAGAACUCAAAAAUAAAAUGCAGCGCCGAGAAGCGAAUAAGCAGCUUCGCCAGCUAAGAAACCAUAUCAAAUCCGUCACAUACGACUCCAAUAGUGAAAUUGAAUCCCUCAGAUCGCAGGUAGAAGAUAUGGAGUUGAAAGCUAGGACCCGCGAGCGCUACGUCGAGGGCUGGCAACGAUCUCGCACCGAACAGAACCAGCAGACCCUGUACGAUAAGGAGAAAGGGCCAACGCAGACCAUCCUGGACCUCAAGCGUAAAGCCGAGCUAGAACAACGCGUCCACGCUGAAAUCGAACUUCUUACUACCAUCAAUAUUAAUGAAACUCUCGGAAAAGUAGAAAACUGGAUCGCCAAAUAUGAGACAGAUAUGGAAAGUAUUGACUUGAGGAUACAAGUAAUGAAGAAUGAUUACGAGAGUCUCCAAAACAAAAAUCAGCGCCUUGAGGAAACGAUAAAAGAACAUGCGGAAUCGAUAAACAAUUGGAAUACAUUCAAAAAUGAGCGAGAGGCAGCGCGUAAGCAUUGCGAAAAAAUGCACAAUUCCGCAGUCAUAAUACAAGCUUGGUGGCGAGGUUUGCUUGUAAGGAACCAGCUAGGCCCCUACAAACCAGUUAAGAAGAAAGGAGGGGCAUCAAAAAGUAGUGAAAAAUCCAAGAAGAAAUAAUAAAUUAUAGUAAUUGUCUAGAUGCGACAUGUACCUAUACUAUAUUCCUAAGUAGGCACUUGGUAGGUUUUUACUAUUUUGAGUUUAUUGAUUAUUCUAUUGACUUUUGGUUCAUUAUUUUUAUCUUUUGGUUUAAUAAAAUUUGAUUUGAAAUGCAA